AAUAGUCGCGUGUAGUUGUUGUGUACUGCAAUGAAAUCAUCAGGCUACAUUUAUUUUAAACAUACGCUUAAUCUAGCCCGUUCAAUGUUAUGAACUGAUUUGAUUUUCUCAUAUAAUAUUACUUUAACUGGAAAAUUAAAAAGGAAGCGGUUAUGUUUUUAGCCAGCUACAUUCAGUGAGUCCACCUUGGCCACCUCUGGAAGAUUUGGCCUGAAACCGCCCACUGAUGAGAGCCGAUCGGACCGGAACGGAGAUGCCCACGGACCCUGUGGGCAAGCGGAUCGCCUGCGGUGGGGAACGGGCCACGGUGCGCUAUGUUGGACAAGUACCCCCGUACGAAGGUCUGUGGCUUGGCGUGGAGUGGGAUAACCCGGAGCGAGGAAAACAUGACGGCAGCCACGAAGGAGUGCAGUAUUUCACGUGCAGAAAUCCCAAAGGAGGGUCCUUUGUCCGUCCGCCGAAAGUGAGCUUUGGGGUGGAUUUCCUGACUGCUCUUCAUACGGUCUACGAGUACAACACGGAGGAAGUGCUGAGAGAGGAGGUCUCCGUUUUCGGCAAGAAGCUGCAGUGGUUCGCUGUUGGGGAGAGAAGCCUUGAGAAUCUUCCCUCGGUAAUGCUGAACAACCAAGAAGUCAACGGACCAGGGGCAGCUGGAGAAAUCCGGAAAACGACGCCCAGCAUUGUGUGGCUGGAACUCUGCGGAUCCCUCAUGUCCACGUGGGAAGACGUGGCGGCGAUUACAGAGCAACUGGAAAAGCUGGAAAGACUAAACCUCAGUUACAACAGGAUCCGCUUGACCUCUGACCCCUUGGCUCACCGUCCAGCCUUCUGCAACCUCAAAGAACUCUCCCUGAAGGACUGUGAUUUGACCUGGCAGCAGGUGCUGGAGUGUGCGCCGAUGUGGCCUCAGCUGGAGGAGCUGUCUCUGCUAAAUAACAACAUAACCGAGCUGCAGAGGCCCGAGGGCGUCCUGCAGACCCUGAAGCAUCUAAAUCUGAGCUGUAAUCCUUUGGUGCAGGAAAGCGUGUGCAGCUUGUCCGCUCUGCCCAGACUGAAGCACCUGAACCUGUCUCAAACCGGACUGUCAUUCAUUCAGCUUGGAGACGCCGCUCAGGCUGGCUGCCCGGCACCCUUCUCAGCCCUGGAGAGUCUCGUUCUGGACCACAACAACAUCUCUGAGUGGCGUGUGAUUGAUGACCUCGCCAAGCUCCCCUGCCUGGUUAGGUUAUCAUGUCAGGGCAACAAACUGUUGAGCAGCGACGGAAAGCCAAGCACCGCCGAGCAAAUGAUCAUCGCCAAGCUGGGGCGACUGGUCUACCUGAACAACUGCGAGAUCAACGCCAACGAGAGGAAGGGGGCGGAGCUCGACUACAUCAAAAUGUUCGGCGAGGAGUGGCUGAAGGCGGGCGGUCCGCAUCAGCCCGGCGCGGAGUUCGCUCGCCGGCACCCACGUUACCAGACGCUAAUCGAGAAGCACGGCGCGCCAGACGAGGGCGAGCUGAAGAAGCCCGACUCGUUCGCCCUGAAAAAUCAGCUGCUGAAGAUCACGUUCGUCUUUCCCGACCAUGCCGAGCAGAGACCCAUAGAGAAGAAGCUGCCAGCCUCGAUGGUGAUUCAGAAAGUAAAAGGACUGCUGUACAGGCUGCUGAAAGUCCCGCUGGCGGACCUCAGGUUAACCUACACCAGCCCCAAGAUGUCGGGGACAGAGUUCGACAUCGACAGCGAUUUAAAGACGCUGCAGUUUUACUCCAUCGAGGACGGAGACCAGGUGCUGGUCCGUUGGUCGACCUGAUAUCCACGGGGGGGGGGGGGGCAGCAACUGCUUCUGUGUCGCCGCACGUUCCCCAAAACUUUAUGACAAACUGAAACGUACCAUUAUAUCACACUAUGCCAUGUAAGUGACUCACAUUUGAUCAAUAACCGAAGAGUUAAAAACAUUCUGAAAAACCA